CUCACCGACUCGACACCGCCAACAGGGAUGCAGCCAGGGCGCAGCGCAGCCUGAAAAUGGCACCACCACGCGUCCUGUGGAUCUAUCCAUCCUUUUUCCUCUACUCUACCCUGCUUCUUUUUCACGCGUUGUCACCGUGUCGAGCCUUAAGGAAUUACCCGGAGAAUGAAGUUACGUUGCUGGACUCCAUGUCAGCUUUGGCCGACCUGGGCUGGGAGGCUUACCCUAAUGAGGGGUGGGAGGAGAUCAGCGUGAUGGAUGAGAGGAACACCCCGAUGAGAACCUAUCAGGUGUGUAAUGUGAUGGAGGCCAAUCAGAAUAACUGGCUGAGGACACGCCACAUCAGCCGAGAAGGAGCACAGCGGGUCUACAUUGAGAUCAAAUUCACCCUGAGGGACUGCAACAGCCUGCCUGGGGUCCCUGGUACCUGCAAGGAGACAUUCAACAUGUACUACUAUGAGUCCAACAAUGCCAACCUAUGGUUCAUCAAGGAAAGCCAGUAUAUGAAGAUUGAUACGAUCGCUGCUGAUGAAAGCUUUACACAGGUGGACGUAGGUGACCGUGUGUUGAAGCUGAACACCGAGGUGCGGGACAUCAGCAACCUGAGUAAAAAGGGUUUCUACUUGGCCUUCCAGGACCUGGGGGCCUGUAUCGCCCUGGUCUCGGUCAGGGUCUUCUACAAGAAGUGUCCUCUCACUGUGCUUAACUUGGCCCAGUUCCCUGACACAAUAACAGGCGGAGACACAGCACUGGUGGAGGUCCACGGUGUGUGCGUGAAUGCCUCUGAGGAGUUUGAGGCUCCCAAAAUGUACUGCAGUGCAGAUGGAGGUUGGCUUGUUCCUAUCGGGAGGUGUGUGUGCAAACCAGGCUUCGAAGAAAACAAGGACGUCUGCCAACCUUGCAGACCUGGUACCUACAAGGCUUCAGCCACAGAUGCCUACUGCACCAAAUGUCCUCUUCACAGCUCGUCUCCUCAGGAACAAGCGGUUGAAUGUUUGUGUGAAAAAGGCUUUUACCGAGCUGAGACCGACCCACGCUCCAUGGCCUGCACGCGUCCUCCAUCUGCUCCAGAAAACCCAAUCUCCACAGUGAACGAAACCUGCGUCACUCUAGAAUGGUCGCCGCCACGGGACACGGGAGGCCGCGGAGACAUCACCUACAGCCUCCACUGUAGGAAGUGCUUCGGUGACGGCAAAAAGUGCACGCCGUGUGGUAGCAGUGUCCAUUUUAUUCCGCGACAGUUUGGCCUCAUGUCAGCCACAGUGUUGGUCACAGACCUGCAGCCAGACUCUAACUACAGCUUCACCGUCGAGAGUCAGAAUGGAGUGUCAGACUUAAGCCCCAUCCCCAGAGGAACUGUGGUCAUCAAUGUCACCACGUCACAGACCGUGAGUGUUGUGUUGAAGGAGAGACGGAGCAAGGACAGUGUGACUUUGGCCUGGCAGGGUCCAGAGAGACCCAACGGAGCCAUAGUGGAGUAUGAGGUCAUCUACUAUGAGAAGAACCAGCGGGAGCAGAACUACACGGUUUUGAAGACUCGCUCUAACAUGAUGACGGUAGAUGGGCUUAAACCAGGGACCACGUACGUGUUCAGGGUUAGGGCUCGAACCGAUGGAGGCUACGGGAGCUACGCACCAGGAGAGAUUGAAUUGGAAACCAGCCACGAAGAUGUUUUGGCUAUUGGGGAUCCUAAUCAGUCUACCAUUCUAGCUGUCUCAAUCGCUGGAGGAAUUGUUCUUCUCAUCUUCCUGGUGACUUGCUUCGUUGUCAGCGGAAGGCACUGUGGAUAUAUCAAAGCAAAACAGGAUCCGGAUGAAGAGAAGAUGCAAUUCCAACACGGUCGAGUCAAGCUUCCAGGCAGCAGGACUUAUAUCCAUCCUCACACCUACGAAGACCCAAACCAGGCUGUGAGGGAUUUCGCCAAAGAGAUUGACGCUUCCAAUAUUCGCAUAGAAAGAGUAAUUGGAGCCGGAGAGUUUGGGGAGGUGUGUAGCGGUCGAUUGCGUGUUCAGGGAAAAAGGGAGAUUUAUGUGGCCAUCAAGAGCCUGAAGGCGGGAUACUCGGACAAACAGAGGAGGGACUUCCUGUCUGAGGCCUCCAUCAUGGGACAGUUUGAUCAUCCGAACAUCAUCAGGCUGGAGGGAGUCGUCACAAGAUGUAAGCCAGUAAUGAUCAUAACGGAGUUCAUGGAAAAUGGAUCUCUGGACACUUUCCUCAAGAAACAUGACGGCCAGUUUACAGUGAUCCAGCUGGUCGGCAUGCUGCGUGGCAUCGCCUCUGGUAUGAAGUACCUGUCAGACAUGAGCUACGUUCACAGAGACCUGGCUGCUCGGAACAUCCUGGUCAACAGCAACCUGGUGUGUAAGGUGUCCGACUUUGGCCUGAGUCGGGUUCUGGAGGACGACCCAGAGGCUGCCUACACCACAAGGGGAGGGAAGAUCCCCAUCAGAUGGACGGCCCCAGAGGCCAUCGCCUACAGGAAGUUCACCUCAGCCAGCGAUGUGUGGAGUUACGGUAUCGUAAUGUGGGAGGUGAUUUCAUAUGGAGAGAGACCGUACUGGGAGAUGUCCAACCAGGAUGUGAUCAAAGCAAUAGACGAGGGUUACCGUCUUCCUGCCCCGAUGGACUGUCCUGUGGUGUUGCACCAGCUCAUGCUGGACUGCUGGGAGAAAGGUCGCAGCGACAGGCCAAAGUUUGGACAGAUUGUCACAAUCCUGGACAAACUCAUCAGAAACCCAGCCAGCCUCAGAGACCUGGCCAACAGCUCAGCAUGCAGGGAGGAUCCAUCCACCCCAGAGUUCAGUGUGAGCACAGUGGAUGAGUGGUUGGAGGCCAUCAAGAUGGGCCAGUACAAGGAUAACUUUUCCAGCUCUGGAUAUGUCAGCUUGGACUCAAUCCUCUACAUCAGCAUCAGUGAAUUGUCUAAGAUGGGUGUGACUCUGGCCGGACACCAGAAGAAGAUCUUGUCCAGCGUGCAGAGCCUGCAAACCCAGGGGACGCAUGUUCAAGUAUAACAGUUUCCACAAAAACACACACUGAGACAGAGCCAAAAUGGAUGCUCCUGUGAAGAGUACCCCACUGAAAUGAAGUUGUAACGGAUACUCUGUGCUCGGGCCUCCAUUGAUUUUGAGACCCACCAAGAUGGAGACAACAUGGAUGCUUGACUCCUUCACCUUCUUGCAGAUUCACCAUUAUUCCCGUCUUUGAUGGGCACUACCGGCUUUAGCACUCAGAAUUCCAGCAACACAGCCACCAUUACGGAGCAACAGAGAGACACAUGUCCAACAACAAGACUACAUCUAGAGCAUCCCAGACCAUUUCACAUCAUAUCAGCUCAACAAAAGAAGGAAAAAAAAAAAGAUUUUUAACAAAAGAAUGACAAAAAAAACAACAACUUAGAAUAUAAUUAUCAUCACUGUCUGUGAGGUGUACAGUUGGUUUUUACUGUCAUUUUGUUUCCCUUUUGAGUUUUCACCUUAAAGAGUUUAAAAAGGGUCAGACGAUAUGUAUAUGUGUAGAUAUAUGUUUAUAUGGACUGUGUGUCCCACAACCGUAGAAAUGGACCUAACGUUUGUAUUGAUGGUGAGGUUUAUAUUGCUCAAACUUAAUAAGAGUUAUUACCUAGUACAUGUAAGGCCCCUUUCAUUGCUCUCUGUAAAAAGAAAGCAAUGGAUCGAGCCGGUUGAACGAUGAAUGUGUGGGGUAUGGGGAACAGAAAAACUGGACCUUAAGAGAUAGAGGGAUGUAGAUUUUGCUAGGUCAUGUAGAUGGAAGUAUGGUUUGUUUAAAUUGUGUAUUUGACCAGUUCAAGGGCUUCCCCGGUGACUGCUCGCACUUCCAUUGACGUUAGAUCCGUACACAUUUGUGCUAGUCUGCUUGAAACUAUAUGCGAGUACAAGUAAAAAAAAAACAUCAAAAACUCAAGCGACAGUUAGCACUAAGGAAUUUUUAUUCUUCCACAACCGACAGUUUAUCCCAAACAGCAUUGUAUAGCGAGAUUUCAAAGUGUAACACUGCUGCGAAUAUUUCAGCUCAACAGUUUGCCUUCCUGUGAUUCAGGUGUGAUGAGAAAGUUGUAGUGUUUUGUGAUGAGAAAAAGGUGAUGCAAAGGUCACGUUAAGAGUUGACACUGUUAAGAACGUGUAGCUGUUUUUUUCAGUGUUGUGCCAUGUACGGUAACCUUGAAACAUUCAUACCAACCAUUUCAAUAACACACUGUCUUUUAAUCAGUUUCCAUGGCUGUAUUGGUACACAAGGCCAGUCGCAGUAAUUACAGUGUUUUGUCCAAAUAUCCAGUUUGAUGAAAGGACCUUUUAUCAGCAAGAUGCAAUAUACACAGUUAAUUUUCAGCUGUGCCAUGAUGUGAGAGAGAAUUUACCUAAAAAGAUGAUUUGUGUGUCUUGUACUGUGUCACUUUCGAGUUAUCAGUCAUGCCAACCUAUUCCAACCAUCCCUACUUUCACCCUUAAGGUGAAUCUACAAAACAGUGUUGACGGUAAACAGCAAAUAAAUUGAUUCACUGUUUUUUUUCCCUUAUCAGAAACAAACUGCUUCUUAUCAUAUUAAUUACAAGUUAAGAUAUGAUGGGACCUUCUUUUGUGUGCACUGCAUUAAUAGCACUGAACCUGCUUUUAGUGUAUUCCUGAGCCCAGUUUUAAUAUAUGUGGUACUCUAUAGGACCAACAGUUGCAUAAAGUACAGUAUAUAUGAUUGUAUCAUAGUGUAAAUUAUGUACAGUGUUGAUUCCAAUGUUAGAAUGUUUGUAAUGAUAAUGAUGAUGAUGAUGACUAUGAUGUACUUUUAUUGUGAAAAAGAGAUUUCUGAAGUACUCGUUCAGGGGCAGGUCAUACAGGAGCAAAGUGGCGUGUUUUAACGGUCUGAACUAAGGAAUGUAGCAUGGUUGCGAAGCUUCAGUUUUGAUUGACAGGUGACAGUGACUGCAGUUUGUACCAUAGCGUUAGAUGAGUAGAAUGGACUUUCCUCUUGCUUAAGUUGCAUACCUACUUUUAGGGUAGAUUCACACUUUAUCAGUUUGUUGCCUAUGAUGCAAUCUUACAAUGUUUGCCAAAGUGAGGAGACGGGGCCAGAGCGGACAGAAAAUGUCUCUUUUCUAGGUUUUUUUUUGUUUUGUUUUGUUUGUUUUUUUUGGGCCCCGUUGUUUCAAAUAAUGACACUUGUAGAAGACAAAAUGCUGCACAUUUACAGUUUAAAAAAAAAGUUUACUCUUUGCCAAACCACUUUGCGUGCACACACAAAAAUGCAUCAGAGUGUCUGAACGUGUCAGUACAUUCUACUCUUGCUAACUCUAUGACUUCACACUGGCGGACUUCCCUUGACCGCUGGCCUUUUAGAUGCCUUAUUUGCCGAGCUAUUCUUCUUUUCUGUUGCCCUCUAGAGGCGAUAUUAGGAGUAAAGUGUAUGUACAGGUAGUAUUUAUCUGUGUUUUAAGAUGACCUCACAUCAACACCCUGGUUUUGUAAAAUCCAAGAGACAGCUUCAAAUAGCACCUUCACUAAAUAGUCAGUAAUUUGUUGUUUUGAAAGCGUAAUACUCAUAAAAGUGACGACCCAAAAAAAAUCCGAUACAGAAAAUGAAUGAAUUCUUAUUUAUUUCCGUAAUGAUCACUCGUGAAAAAUGUGAUUGACUUGACUUGAUAUAUUUGGUUGCACAAUUGCAAAAAAAUUAAGGUUAAUGUAAAGGACAAGAAAAAAUAUGGGUAAAUAGCGAUAAUGUCCCUUCCUUUUCACAAGCUUCUUGGACGCUCCCACCUUCCAGUGUGUUGAAUUCAUCUCCCACUUUGAUUUCAACCUUUGACUCCCAGGUUUUGUAACACUCUUCACUCUCUCAAGGUUAGCUGUUGGUUGGCUUGCUUGAUCUCAAAUACAGUGUUUGUCCUCCAUUUCCCACGCGGUCAGUAUUGUCCAUGAGUGAUUCUUUCCUCCUCUAUCCUUCUCUCUCUUUCUUUGGCCACCGAACAAUGCUUAUUUGUCCUCAUGCCAGUUUCCUCUUUGUUGCUUGUUGUAAAGGGUGUAGGCAUUCUAAUGUCUUUCAUGUUGCUGUAAUAAAUAUGCUAAUAUUUCUAAUUUCUCA